AUUCGUAACAUGACAAAUAGUAGCUGCAGCAAAACUUGAAAAUUCAAUAUUAAAUAAUUUUAAAAAAGAAACUAAAAACAAUGAGCAGCUUACCCAAAGAAGUGCUAAGCGACUACAAGGAGCUUUAUGAAAAAGCCAACAAGCUAGUCGAAGAUGAAAGUCGCAGUGAUCCACCAACCGAUCCCUUUCGCUCACACUACAAAGCGCGCGAGGUGUUAGCCGGUUUAAAAAAGCAGCUAGAGGAUCAACUGAUCAACGUGCAAGCUGGCGACGCAGAUGGCAGCGACGAUGAGCUACACUGUAAGGCAAUGCUAGCGUUCAUAUGCCGCGACAUGGGACGCAUCUAUGUUUACACCGAGGAGCUGCACGACGGCGAGCAGAUGCUUAAACGUUGCCUGGAACUAAUGUUGCCACAUAAGCUUCGUGGCGAGUGCAUCAUAGCCUUUCUGGGUGCAGUCAAUGAGAUGAGCUUAGUGCUGGGCUCUAGGCAGGAGUACAAGCUUGCCGCCGAGCUGCUGCAGCAAGCAGACAAAACCUAUGAGGAGUUCAAAGCUAGCGGUGCGGUGGCGCUAGGCUUGGCGGAUUUGUUUAGUCCACCAGAAAAGCCAGAGCUAGCAGAAGGACAAAAGGAGCUGGAACAUGCCUAUACCCUAUGCUGUUUCUAUUUGGCGCAAACCCAUGGUCAUCUGGGUGAGCCGGAAAAGUCGGCGCAGUACUGUCAUCGCACUUUGCAUCGUCAGCUGCAAUUUCAGAGCUUCGAUGCAAUAGACUUUGCGCUAAACACAGCCACAUUAUCCCAGUACUACAUAGGAGAGGAGCGUUUCAAGGAAGCGCGUCAUCACCUGGCGGCUGCUACACUUAUUAUGGCGGAGCAUGAGGUUAAGAUGCUGAAGCCGGAAAUGACAGAGCAGCAACGUGAGGAUGCAACGGAAACUUUCAAGCAUCGCUAUGCGGAUGUGGCACGCUGUUGGGCAAAGUAUGGACUGUGUCUGCUGCAGACAUCCAAGGAGCGGCUGCUGCGCGAUGAUGAUGAGCAGGCGCAGCACUUGGCGCAGGCAGCCAAGCGCCUAACACUGAAUGAGCAGGAUUAUCGUUUUGCCGGCUUGGAUUUAACAGCUUGCGAAAAUCGCAUUAGCUGCGACUAUUGCUUGACCUUUGACGAUGCCAAGCUGGUGUUUCACUUUGUCAACGAGUGGCUGGAUCAGGCUAAGCAGUACUACAAGGCCGAAACGGAAGCUACUGAGUUUGCCAAAAUUAUGCAAGACUAUGCCGAAGCCUAUGAGCAUAUUGCUUUCUUUGAGGAACUGCCCGAGAAUCAAGCCAAAAUGCAAAAGCGUCGUGCUAAAUAUUUGGAGGAUCUGCUGGCCCUGCUAGAGCCUGCUUUCUAUUUGAAAAUCUGUCGUGAAUGCUGGUACGGCGCUGGCACUGCACAUGCCGCAGUGCUGGACGUGCGUCUAGACAUUAUCAAAGCCAACAACACACCCACACCGGAUGAGAUUAAAAAGGUUAAUCAAAGCUGCCUGAAGGCUAUUAAGCAUUUUGAAAGCUACGUCAAAUCGUAUAUAGUAGAUCCAGUCAACGAACCCGAAAAAUGGCGCAGCAAUAUGGACACGGAGGAACUACGCACCAUGCUCUAUGCUCACUUUCAUAUAGGCAGACUCUACUAUAAGCUAAUCAGCGUGCAGCCAGCGCAGCAACUGGAGCAGCUCAACAAAUGCCUGCUCUACUACAAGCGCUUCAAUGACGCAUGUGCGGAGCAUAAGACGGCGUCCGAGCCACUGCACGGCGAGAUUGGCGUAGUGCGAGAGAUGCUGCAGCUACUGCCACUUAAGAUUAAUACCGUUAAGGCGCGCUUGAACGCGGCCUAAACAGAAGACGAGCAUUUGUUCAAGCUCUUAAUUAAUAUUCUUAACCAUAGUUCAAUAAAUAAGUGUGUCUGUCUACAGAGCUACAAGAUUAAACAUUGUUAAUUUAUAUUAGAGAUAUAAAGAAAUUAAACGUUGCUUCAAGA